AUGCGAAAGUUCGCCUACCUGCUUUUAGCCAAUCUGGCGGUUUCUCACGCCUUCAUUCGCCCUUGGGCCUCUGCUUUAGAUGUUUCCGAGGUGGGUGAGGCCUCAAGGGUGGAGGAAGAUGAGGUAUUCGAUGCAGAGGACUACAACGUUGAUGACGAUGGAUCCGAAGCACCGUCAGCGGGUGACCUCGCCAAAGACCAGCAGAAACGAAAAAGGGACACUUAUGAUGAUGAUGAUGAGUCGGGAGACGAUGAGCAGGUGCUAAUUGACUUAGAUGAACCAGAGGCAACCGGAACGGCAGCGGAAAAGGAGGCGGAGCCCACAGUAGCAGGAGCUGCAGAGGACGACUUAGAUCUUCUUGAGGACGAGGAAGACCUUCAGGAGAGGGAAGAAGGGGUGAAGGCUGGUGACCAGCCACAGCCAAGCGAAAGCAAUCAAACAAACGAUGCAGAUGGCACGCAAUCAAGCUCUAGGAGCAAAAGCCCUAUGUUGUACGACGGGCAGGCGGUGGUGACAACUGAUGAGGAAGGAGUUGAACUGGAUACGUCGCUUUUGAAUCCGCAGGAGGAAGACUCAACGCCUAGUAUAACUGAGUUUGUAGAGAAAGUGCCAACUUUCAAAAAGGAAAAAGAAGAAAAGGAGAAGAGGAAGCUCCAGGAAAAGAAACAAAGAGAAGCCAACAACAAUAUAGAUGUGUACGAGAGAGAAAUUCAAGAUUUCAGAGAAAUACAGGCAAAGAACGAAAACAGAUUUAGUGAAGGCAUAGAAAAUGCAGAAGAGGGCCUUCAGCCACCCCCAGACCCUGGAAUGUGGCGGCGAUUCCAACACUGGUACGGACAGAAGCUGGACAGACUGGUUGAUAGAUUUGGCUCUGAUCUAAAGGAUUAA